ACGUAUUUAGUUUGGGUUUAAGAAUGGAUUGAACUUUGUACCCCGACUUCUACUAGUACCGCCAUGAUAUUGGACGAUGAUGUAAACAAAACCCAGGAACCUUAGCAAACAUCCAGUCACAUGGAUCUAGACAACGACAARAUGGCGGCACAGGUCUGUGGUGAUGUUAGUGAAGCUAUCGAAAUUUGCCCGAUUAGACAACUUUAUUUAAAGCCAAUUGCCAAGCUAUGUAUCUCAGUAACACUUCCAGAGAUUAAGGUAGCUGGCGUUUCAAUUUCUAACUGGGAAGUAAUGGAAAAACUAAAGGCAAUGGUGUCUCCAGAUCAGUUUGCUGUACUUCGUGUUGUGGAGUCGACUUUGGAAACUAUUCGUUUUGAGGGGGAAACAGAAACUAAAGCAGCCAUAUCUAAGUUCUUAAGUAAACUAGAUGGAAAUAUGAUUAAACUCAGUGGUUUUGCAGAGCCUUUGAGGGUUAAAGCUGUUGAAGCAAAGGUGAAAUUUCCUUCGAGACACGAGUGGGAUUCGUUCUUUAGGGACGCAAAUAAUCUGAAUGAAUGUAAUCCAGGCGAACGACCAGACACGGUUGUCAUUAAAGGAUUACCGUCUAAAUGGUUUUCAUCUCAGGAUGCAAGUGAUAAGCCUAGUGAAGAGGUCGUCAAAUCCGUUUUUCAGUAUUUUGGGGAAAUUCGCACGAUAGACAUCCCAAUAUUGGAUAAAUAUAGACAAAGAAUGAGCAAAACUGGGAAUGAAUUUCAGACAUUUUAUUUUGGUUCUCAUUUACAUUUUGAUGUUUAUAUCCAGUAUUCACAGUAUCAAGGAUUUGUUGCUGCUAUGUCUGGUUUAAAAGGGAAGAAAGUUGUUCAUAUUUCAGGAGAAGGAAGAGCUGCUGCUGCAAAUAUCCAGGUGGAUUUUGAUAGGACRUGUCAUCUCAGUGCAAAAAAUAUUCAAAAAAGAAAUAAUGAAAGACAGAAAUUAAUAGAAAAAGACCUUAAAGAAGAAGAAAGGAAUAGAAAAGAAAAAGAGGAAGAAGAACGGAGAAAAAAUCAGGAAAGAUUAGAAAUUCAAAAGCGAGAAGCYGAAAAGGUUCGACAAAUGAUGGAAGAACUUAGGAAAAAGGAAGAAAGAAGAAAACAGAGAGAAGAAAAAAGAAAGAGGAAACUGGAAGAGGUUCAAAGAAAAGAAGAGGCAAGGAAAGAAAAGGAAAGGCGAAUUGCUGAGAAAAGAMUGAGACUGGAAAACCAAAGAAAAGAAGAAGCAAUUCAUUUGAUGGGUGAGCUGAUCAAGAGAAUAGAAGAAAAGAAAGCUGAAGAGGAAGCAGAAAAAAGAAAGAGAGCCAAAGAACUACAAAUUUUAAAGCAAAUUGAGGAAAAUAAAAGGAAACAAGAAGAAGAAARAUUAAAAAGGGAAGAAGAAGAAAGAAUGAAACAUGAAAAACUUGAGCAACAAGAAAAGGAACUAAGAGAAAAAUUGAUUAAAAAUUUACAUGUUAUGAAGGAAAGAAAAAAUGAACUAGAAAGAGAGCUUYUGAGAAAGCAAGUUGCCAAGAAAACUAAGUUAUCAUCAGUUGUUAGKAAAAAUGUACCAGAAUAAUGAUAAAUAAAAGAUGUUAUCAGUAGGCAGCUACUGUUUAUGA